GGUAAGCGGCUCGGUCCGUGUGGCGUGGGUCUGCAGCUUCAGAGGAGAUGAAUGGGAAACGGCCCCCGGACGCUCACCCGGACCGGAUGGGGAAAAAGAGAAGGAAGGAGGUGAUGGUGGAGUUUUCGGGCGCUGUCACGGAGGAAAUCUUGAAAAAGCAGGUGGCUGAGGCCUGGAGUUGCAGGACGCCGUUCAGUCACGAAGCCAUUAUCAUGGACAUGGACCCCUUUCUUCAUUGCGUGAUCCCAAACUUCAUCCCAAGUCAAAACUUCUUGGAAGGGCUUCAGAAGGAGCUUUUGAACUUGGACUUCCAUGAGAAGUGUAAUGAUUUAUAUAAGUUCCAGCAGUCUGACGAUUUGAAGAAGAGAAGAGAGCCUCACAUCUGUGCUUUAAGGAAAAUUUUGUUUGAAGAUUUCCGGGCUUGGCUUUCUGACAUUUCCAAGAUUGACCUGGAAUCAACCAUUGAUAUGUCUUGUGCUAAAUAUGAAUUCUCAGAUGCCCUGCUCUGCCAUGAUGAUGAGCUGGAGGGGCGCCGGAUUGCCUUCAUUCUUUACCUGGUUCCUCCCUGGGACAGCAGCUUGGGGGGCACCCUGGACCUGUACAAUGUGGAUGAACACUUUCAGCCGAAGCAGAUUGUCAAGUCCCUUAUCCCUUCGUGGAACACACUGGUUUUCUUUGAAGUGUCUCCAGUGUCCUUUCACCAGGUGUCUGAAGUCCUGUCUGAAGAAAAGUCACGUCUGUCUAUAAGCGGCUGGUUUCAUGGGCCCUCACUGACCAGGCCUCCCGCCUACUUUGAACCUCCCAUACCUCGGAGCCCUCAUAUCCCGCGAGAUCAUGAAAUUUUGUAUGAGUGGAUCAACCCUACUUAUCUGGACAUGGAUUACCAAAUUCAAAUUCAAGAGGAGUUUGAACAACAGUCUGAAAUUCUCCUAAAGGAGUUCCUUAAGCCGGAGAAAUUUGCAGCGGUCUGUGAGGCUUUGGAGAAAGGAGGUGUGAAAUGGAACAGCCGAGGGCCCCCUAACAAAAGGUUUUAUGAGAAAGCCGAGGAGAGCACGCUUCCCGACAUUCUCCAGGACUGCCUGACAUUAUUUCACUCCGAGGCACUGUUCUUGCUGCUGUCCAACUUCACGGGCCUGAAACUUCAUUUCUUGGCCCCUUCCGACGAAGAGGAGAUGGCGGGCACAAAAGAGGGAGAAGCAGCCUCUGCUCCUGAGAGCACUGAGGAAGGGACGAGUUGUAGCUCCUCAGAGCCAGAGAGUAAUCUGGCAGCUGCCAGCAGCAACAGCCAGCAGAGCAAUGAACAGGCAGACCCAGAGCCAGAGGAAAACGAAGCCAAGGAAGAAUCAAGUGUUCCCACGUGCCAGGGGGAACUGAGGCAUUGGCGGACUGGUCACUACACUUUAAUCCAUGACAACAGCAAGACUGAAUUUGCUCUGGACUUACUUCUUUACUGUGGCUGUGAAGGCUGGGAGCCUGAAUAUGGUGGCUUUACUUCCUACAUUGCCAAAGGGGAAGAUGAAGAGCUGCUAACAGUGAAUCCAGAAAACAAUUCUUUGGCAUUGGUCUACAGAGAUAGAGAGACUCUUAAAUUUGUCAAGCAUAUUAACCACCGAAGCCUAGAACAAAAGAAAACCUUCCCAAACAGAACAGGUUUCUGGGACUUCUCAUUCGUCUACUAUGAAUGACAGGGCUGGGCGAAGCUGCGAAGAGAGACCCUUCGUCGGCACUGGAAAGGCUGGAAGAGCUGGCAUCGAGCAAAGGAGAGCUACAGGUAACCUGUCUUGACACUUCUUAAAACCACGUGGUUGGCCUUCAAUAGGACUCAGUGAUCGUCCUCAGUCUAGACCUUGAACUUGGGGAGUUUUUAAAUGUGGGGUUUCUUUUUGUGGUAAAAUAUGUGACAUAAAAUUUACAAUUUUAACCAAAUUCCACCACAUGUAGUUGUUUCUUCCCCACAGAAUACCAAAAAAUACCAACUCUUGGGUUCUCUCUCCCAGAGCAGUAAUUUUUUAGCAAGAAGUUGUGGCUGCAGGGUCACUUCAAUGCCAUUAUUUAUACUUACCACUACUACUGAGUGAGGACGUACAAAUCCUGUUGGGAGAGUUUGACAGAGAGACACCGGAGGCAGGCUCUCCAGUCUCCAUGAACUGAACAUUCCCACAAAAAUUGAUUCCUUCUCUGAUUGACACGAAGUCAGUCCACAUAGGCAGUUUUGAAAACUACUUAGGAACUGUCCACAUGGUAUCAUUUUAGGAAAAGCAGAUUUCUGUACCAUACAAAUAAAAAGGUAACUGCGGAGCCAGAGCACAUAGUGUGGGCAGGGGCCAGAUGGGAACAAGGGAAAAAUGCAAAACACCAGGCUGCAUGGGUAUCAUCUUGUACUUGAGUUUCAGAGUGAAAUGGGAGAUAAUUUAGUUCUGUGAUCACAGGACUCUGCUUUUGGCAGAUUUGUAACUGCUAAUUAUAAAAUUUAAAACUUUAAUAAUGUUGAAAGUCAUUCUUGUAAAGCAUGUCCAGGGUUGCAUAAUGGUUAUAAAAUUCCUAGUUCUUUGAUUUCUAAAAGUACUGAUGGCUGGCUGAGGACAAGACAGUCUCGGGGAGAGUAGCAGAUGCUGUAUGUGCUGAAGGCAUUCGCUCAGCAUUGUGGGGAGAUAAAGCUGAUUAAGACGCAGCCCCUGCUCUCACCUAAGAGGGGCUUAAGAUUUAUAUAAACAGGAUGUAAUGAGGGUUAGGAAUAGACAUGAGAGAGGAACAGUCCCCUGAGAAGAGAGCAUUUCAGCUGAGCCUUGUGUGUGGCUAGGCAGACAUGGUGGGAAAUACAAACCAUUCUAAGAUAUUGAGUACCUGGUGGUGGUGACUUUUUCAAAGGGAUGCUCAAAAAGUGGCUGAAAAGCUUUCUCCCAGAUAGCAAAAUCCUCAAGAUCAGCUUUUACAUAAAGGCCGAGUCGAGUGUUCACUUAAAGCUUCAACAAAAUUCAGCAACAGAAUAGAGCUUAAAGUGUAGCUUCUAGAAGGCACCAGAUUCUGUCAGGAUAGAAACAAAGGGAAGUAACUGAUAACCAGCUUUUCUCAUCCCCGAGUUAAAUCUGGUGACUGCUAAGGAAAGAAGGUAACUGAAUGUUCUAUGAACACUUUCAUCUCCUCCAGUCCUACUUGCUUGGGAACAGUUCAGAAUAGCAGACAGGGCCAGGACUACCUGGUUUCAAACCUCCACAUGGCUCACCACGCCGAGCUGUGGGACCUGUAGGAAAGUCUGCCUCUCUGAGCUCAGAGAUACUAGUAUCAGGGGGAUCAAAGUGAUUCCGUGUGAAAAUGCACUUACAACCUAUAAAUCAAGAGUACUUAGCCCUAAUUGGUUUGGCUCAGUGGAUAGAGCCGUGGUCGGCAAACUGCGGCUCGCAAGCCACAUGCGGCUCUUUGGCCCCUUGAGUGUGGCUAUUCCACAAAAUACCAUGGCCUUAGGCGAGUCUAUUUUGAAGAAGUGGCGUUAGAAGAAGUUUAAGUUUAAAAAAUUUGGCUCUCUGGGGGGGAUGAGGACAAAUAUGUGAUAGCUUAAUCAAUAAAGAAAUUUAAACAAAAAAAAUUAAUAAAAUAAAAUAAAAAAUUUGGCUCUCAAAAGAAAUUUCAAUCAUUGUACUGCUGAUAUUUGGCUCUGUUGACUAAUGAGUUUGCCGACCACUGGGAUAGAGCAUCGGCCUGUGGACUGAAGGGUCCCAGGUUCGAUUCCGAUCAAGGGCAUCUACCUUGGUUGCAGGCACAUCCCCAGGAGGGGUUGUGCAGGAGGCAACUAAUCGAUGUUUCUAACUCUCUAUCCCUCUCCCUUC